UCCCCGCCUCCCUCCCCAGCGAUGCCGCCUUGCGCCCUGCGCGUCCUUCUGGCGACCCUGGUGGCCGCGGCCGGAGCCCCCGACGCCGCGACGCCGCCCUGCGAGUCCGAGAUGAACAAGAUCAAGGACCUUCUGCAGGUGAGCUGCGUGGGGCGGGGGCUGAGCAGCGUCCCCGCCGGGCUGCCCACGGACACGGGCAUCUUGCUGCUGGGCUCCAACCGCCUGAGCCGCGUCUCGCUGGCCUCCUUCCAGCACCUGAGCGCGCUGGUGGAGCUCGACCUGUCCAACAACAGCCUGAGCGCCCUGGACACCGGCGGCGGCGCCUCGCUGCCCGGCCUCCAGCAGCUCGACCUGUCGCACAACGGCCUGCAGAGCCUGCCCGCCUUGCAGGGGAUGCCCGCGCUGAAGCGCCUGGCCCUGGCGCACAACGCGCUCUCGCGGCUGCCGGCGGGGGGAUUCCGCGCCCUGCGCGCCCUGGAGGAUCUGGAGCUGCAGGGCAACGGGAUCCGGGAUCUGCCCGAGGGAGCCUUCGCGGGGCUGCAGAAGCUGAGGGACGUGGACCUGGCCGACAACCUGCUGGAGGAGCUGCCCCGGGAGCUGCUGGCCGGGCUGGGCAGCCUGGAGAUCCUGCGCCUGGAGAGGAACCGGCUGCAGAGGGUGCCCGAGGGCUUCUUCCCCGAGGAGAACUACUUCGCCUACCUGUACCUGGCGGAGAACCCCUGGGUGUGCGACUGCGCGCUGCUCUACCUGCGCGACUACAUCCUGGAGUACGAGACCAGCGUGUAUACUCGCGUGCAAGGCCCCGGGAUGGAGAUCACCGAGAACAAGCCCGAGAGCGUGGAGUGCCAGGCGCCCGCGCCCGAGAAGGGGCGCCCCGUCAUGCACUUCCAGGCGCACUGCCAGGGGCCCAAGGGAGACAGCGAUGGGGGCCAAGGGGGCGCCGCCACCACUGAGCCCCACUCCAUUCUCCACACGACAUUGGUCCGCACCGCACCCUCCACCGCAGGGCCAGCCACGCGUGUCCACACCCCACCCUCCACCGCAGGGCCAGCCACGAGUGUCCACACCCCACCCUCCACCGCAGGGCCAGCCACGCGUGUCCGCACCCCACCCUCCACCGCAGGGCCAGCCACGCGUGUCCGCACCCCACCCUCCACCGCAGGGCCAGCCACGCGUGUCCACACCCCACCCUCCACCGCAGGGCCAGCCACGCGUGUCCGCACCCCACCCUCCACCGCAGGGCCAGCCACGCGUGUCCGCACCCCACCCUCCACCGCAGGGCCAGCCACGCGUGUCCGCACCCCACCCUCCACCGCAGGGCCAGCCACGAGUGUCCACACCCCGCCCUCCACUGCCGACCACACGUGUAUUUGUCUGUGCUAAUCUUAUAACUGAGUCUUGCCCUGCCAUGUCUGCUUAUGCUAUUCUUGUACCAAGGACUUGUCUGGCAUGUUUGCCAAGGUUAACCCCUCCCCUUUGGUG